ACCUUCUGUUGCCAGGAUAUUCAGGUUCAGAAUCCCCUUGUGGAGCCCAGAUAUUUGUCUCGUUGGCGCCUUUGAAGAACAGGCUGCCAAUCACUCUUCGUUGUCCGAACAUCCUCGUAUCGGCUUGCCAGAUCAUACGGUGAUCCUGGGCAUUCCAAGACACAGAACCGUGCCUCUGCGUCUCAAGGAACUGCGUGUCCGAUCUUAUACGUCGUCCAGCCACCGUUGCAGCACUACACCGGACCGUAAGGUUAUUCUCUAUAACCCUCAAUCAUGUCAGGGUGCUCCUGCGCAGUGAAGAACGCCGUUAAGCCGUAUGUGCUGCGAAUUACCAGGCCAGGACGACUUGAUUAUUCCAAAUCAAGUCGUCCACGUCGAGACGGAAUAUCCCCGCUUGCCGAGGAACUGUGCAUUCGGCCCUAUGCGCUGUUCUACGGCCAUCCAACCAUCCACAGGGUCACUCCGUCUAUUCCAAAUCCCAGGAUGCUGCACCGGCGCACGGGCAUCUGCUCAUCAGGACCUAUGUGCUGUCCGAUCAGCAUCGUGUUGUGUCCGACGAUAGGGUUCUCCUGUACAUCGCAUGGCGCGGCAGGGUGGUGCACUUCCGCCGCUUUCGGGACAAUUCUUGGGCUAUACACCGUGCCGAUGAAGAUGCCCAAAGUGUCGGUGAGUGAUGGCGGCUCGAUAGUACCUUGUCUACUAUAGCCUCUUCUUGCUCUCAGAGGAAUGCCUGGAGAUGUUUGCACUCGGGAAGGAGCAGGCGGCUGCAAACCGAUGCAAGUCUUCGAUGGAUGCUUUCCAGUCGUUCAGUGAUAUAUCAAGUCUGUAACCAAGGCCAUGCAAAGCAUGGCGGCGGACUUU